GACAGCAAAAGAAGCAAUGAGAGUUGAUGACUGCAUCAGCAAUAAUGAUCAUAUACAUGUAACACUUGCAUGACACCACUUCAAUCUCGUUUCCUACCAACAUCACACCUCUCUUUGACUCUCUAGUAUCACUAUAUAUCUUCACAUUUCUGGCUCCUUUCAACCUGCUUCUUCUUCUUCUUCUUCUUCUUGUUCAUCAUCCUUUUAUCAUGUCGGCGAAGGACUGUGGCAACCAUGGACACUGCCAGCGGCGCAAGCUGUACCGACGCCUCUUCGCUACCGUCCUCACCUUCAUCAUCGUUGUCCUCAUCGUCAUCCUCGUCGUCUGGCUCGUCCUCCGCCCCUCCAAGCCCAAGUUCUACCUCAAGGACACCUCCAUCUUCCAGCUCAACCUCACCGCAGGCUCCAACCUCCUCACCACCGUCAUGCAGGUCACGCUCGACUCCCGUAACCUCAACGACCGCGUCGGCAUAUACUACGACAAGCUCGACGCCUUUGCAGCCUACAAGGGACAGCGGAUCACCGCCUCCACGGCGCUCCCCACCGGCUACCAGGGCCACGACGAUGUUGUCGUGUGGUCGCCCUACCUGUACGGCGCCGCCGUCGCCGUGGCGCCGUACCUCGCCUUCUCCCUCAUCCAAGACCGCGAGGCGGGGCUCCUUCUGGUCUAUAUCAAGGCGGAGGGGCGUCUCCGGUGGAAGGUCGGGACAUGGGUCUCCAGUCACUACCACCUGCAGGUUAACUGCCCGGCUUUCCUUGCGAUCGACAACGGGAAAGGCAGCGGCAGCGCCCCGUCGUUCCACUUGCAGCAGAUUUCGUCAUGUAGCGUUGACGUCUGAGGCUUGAGGGUGACGAUGAUUAUAGUCAACUAUGGAGUCAUCGUCUCCACGCGCCGUAGCUCUUCCUGCAAACUAUUUGAGGUGUAUCUUCACCUGGUUUAUUGCAAGCUUGUGUUACACUACGAUAGUAGUAAUCGUCAAGGCAUGUUUCCGAUGCUGAUAUAUAUGAUGUUACUAAGAAUUAAAUAUUACUUUCCUGCUUGAUUUCGUUCAGUUCAAUAUUAAUUUCGGUGUUUCAUUUA